AUGACAAAUUCCUCAACAUUAUCAGAAAUUGGACUAUCCCAAGAACUUCUUGUUUCGGCUAGGAAUUCUUUGCUCGGACAAGAUCCACCUGAAAGAGGAGUCAUUCUUGCCGAAAACAUCUCACUUGAAAGCUUUCAGAAUUUUUGUGAAACUGAACCAAAACUUCCUGUAAAAAUCCGAUUAGUUAAUGGAACAAUUGUAGCCUAUGAGGUAACUUUAACUCCCCAUGGAAGUGCAGUGUGUAAUGUUAAUGGAUUGGCGUAUGAUUGGAGCAAACAACUACUUGGUGCAUUUGCGGAAGAUCUUAUUGUGGGCCCAAAUAGCUACUUUAUUGCUGACUUAACAUUUCGACCAAGACGUCUUCCACCUCCACCACCCGAUCAAGCAUGUAACUCAUCGGGAUAUGCUUACCCAAAUAUGGUAGUUGAAGUCGGCUACAUAGAAUCAAUCCAAAGCUUACAUGAACUGGCGCCAUUUUACCUUUCUCAAUAUACUACGAUAAUGAUUUAUCUAGCCAUUAAACUAUAUCCUUCUCAUACUCACCAAUCUGGUGAACCUGGUGUUAGUCCAAUGGUUGCAAUGCUAUAUCAACGAACAAGCCAAACUCCAUAUAUUCCAACUAGAAUAAUAUCAUUUGGGGAUGCACCACUCCAUAACAGUACGGUGGAUUUAUUUAUUAAUAUGGGUGUUCCUAGUGCUAACUUCACUGGUUUUGGAAGACAAGGAGCACCUCCUUGUAAUGCAUUUAAUUUACCAGUUUAUCAGUUACCUAUUCCUGCUGAUGAGAUCUUCCAUCGUACUCCGAGUAUCCUUCCUGAUAUUGUAUUCAAUUUGGAUUUGUGGAAGGUGCUAGAUAGGAUAAUUAAUCCCUAA